AUAGCUAGUUUAUGUUCUCAAGAGGACUCGUAUCAACACACAACUCACACGCAGGUGAACACACAGAAGUAGGAUCUAUCAUACGACUCUAAAAUGGAAUUCAACGACAAAGAUAUUAAGAAUCUUCCAAUCGACCCAACAGCGGCUCGACACAAUGCUAACUUCAAAGUAGACGCUCCACAUGUGCUCUACGAUGAUGCUGGCAUACACACCACAUACACCCAAACCACCUCAACCGUUAAACAAACAAACGAUGGCGUAAAAGUCACUCCUCAAACAAAUACUUGGAAAUUCGACACAUCCAACAAACCAAAGAAAACAGGUCUCAUGAUGAUCGGUAUCGGUGGUAACAACGGUACAACACUUGUUGCUACUAUACUCGCCAAUCGUCAUAACAUUUCAUGGCACACAAAGACAGGUGUACAGUCUCCAAAUUAUAUUGGGUCACUCACUAUGGCUUCAACUGUACGUGUUGGUGUCGAUGAGAAUGGUAAAGACGUCAAUCUUCCUUGGGGCGAAAUUCUCCCACUCGUCCAUCCAAAUGAUCUCGUUUUGGGCGGUUGGGAUAUCUCAAGUGCACCACUAGACGAAGCCAUGCGUAGAGCUAGUGUUCUUGACUGGGAUUUACAAAGACAAGUAGCACCAUACAUGAAAGACUUCAAGCCGCUCCCUUCUAUCUACUAUCCGGAAUACAUCGCUACGAACCAGUCAGCUCGUGCAGACAAUGUUCUCAAUAAGGAUCAAUAUCCAAACAAGAAAGCCCACUUGGAGAAGGUCAGAGAAGAUAUUCGUCACUUCAAGGCUGAGAAUGACCUGGACACUGUCGUUGUUUGCUGGACUGCCAACACUGAGCGUUUCUCAAGCAUCGUAGAAGGCAAGAAUGACACUGCUGAUAACCUCCUCAAGAGCGUAGAAGAGAAUUACGAGGAGAUCAGUCCAUCUACCAUUUUCGCCCUUGCUUCUAUACUUGAAGAUGCUCCUUUCGUCAACGGUGCACCACAAAACACUCUAAUCCCAGCCGUCAUUGAGUUUGCCGAACGUCAAGGUGCCUUCCUUGGUGGUGACGAUCUCAAAACUGGUCAAACUAAGGUCAAGUCCGUUUUGGCUGAGUACCUCGUCAAUGCUGGUUUGAAGCCGCUCUCUAUUGCUUCAUAUAACCACCUCGGUAACAACGACGGACAUAACCUCUCAGAAGACCCACAAUUCAAGUCAAAGGAGAUCUCAAAGAGGAGUGUUGUUGACGAUAUGGUCGACGCUAACGGUUUACUUUACCAAAAAGGCGAACAUCCUGAUCAUAUUGUCGUUAUCAAGUAUUUGCCAGCUGUUGGUGAUGAUAAACGCGCUAUCGACGAAUACAAUUCGGAAAUCAUGAUGGGUGGUCGUAAUGUCGUUUCUAUUUUCAAUGUCUGCGAGGAUAGCUUAUUGGCUACACCUCUCUUGUUAGAUUUGACUAUCUGGACUGAACUUUUCACUCGUGUUAAGGUCACCCCACCAGGUAAAACCGACGGUCAACGUAUGCACUCUGUUCUCAGUUUACUGUCAUACAUGCUCAAAGCACCAUUGACAAAACCUGGACAUGAAGUUGUCAACGCUCUCGGUAGACAAAGGGGUAGUCUCGAAGCUUUCGUUUUAGCUUUGGUUGGACUCAACUCAUUCAAUCUCAACUUGGAUGCUAUCGUUUAGGAGUUCAGAACUGUAACUACUUCCCUUUAGUUUUAAAUAAAUCUGUUUUGAAUUUGUUUCACAUUUGCUUGUUUGUCGUAAUAUUAGUCGUGG